CGUAGGUUUCCCUAAGAGAGAAAAUGUAUUUAAACAACAAGUCUCACAAAUAUUUACAAAAGUCGUAUCCAGGUUAAUUCUGUGAACAUCUUUGUUUGCACAAGAACCGGUAGUUUUUUCAAAGAUCCGACACCUCACAUGCAAGCGAUCGAAACCUUAGUAUUUUGUGUCUUUCAAGAAACAGAAUAUAACGACGCAGCCAUUGGGUUUUAACUAACAGUUCCUUGGUCAAGCAAUGGGUCAGAACAACAGCCAAGACAAAGAGGGGGAACGAGAAUUAAUGCGGCGUCACAAAAUUAAUAAAAGCGAAUUGGAAUCUUUGAGAAAAUUGUUCCGUGAACGAUGUGGUGGAAAAUAUAAAGCACUGACAAAAACGAAAUUCCGAGAGGUUUACAACGAGUUGUUUCCCGGAAAAUCUACUCAGUAUGCGGACGAGAUGUUCCGACUGUUCGACAUGGAUGGAAACGGACAGGUGGAUUUUGUGGAAUUUGUAAGGAACAUUUGUAUGUGUGAUAGUGACGAUAUUGAAGAGAAAAUUGAGAUUGCUUUUGCUUUAUAUGAUAAAGAUAAUAGUAAAACGAUAACACAGGCGGAAGUGAGGAAUAUGUUAGAGGCUUAUACAAAUAUGUUGGGUGUUCCUUUAGAGGGCGGGAAAACAGGAGCCCAAAUUGCCAAAGAAUUCUUCGCAGAAAUGGACGCUGAUGGUGAUAAAUCUGUGACAUUUGAUGAAUUUCAGCACGCAGCAAGACGAAACUCCGCCAUCUUAAGCAUAGUUAACCCUAAACCUCCUAACUGGGGUGACUAGAUUCAAUUUUGUGCCAUGAGUGGGCAGUUCUUGGCGCCACCGAUGUGUUUACUAUGACAGAUUUGAGAACUUUCACGUUUAAACAAACCGUGAGUGUUCGUAGAACAAACACGAGAGUUUAUUUUACGUUAAAGAGUCUUCUUGACCAUUCGCCAUGUCUUUAGAUACUUGUCAUAAGAAAUUUAAUGAACAGUUUUAGGAUAUUUAAGCAGAAAUUCUGUGAGAUAAUUGUGCAUGUAAAAUACUAAAAAAAAUACACUUAUCUAAUUUCUUAUGCAUGUCAAGGACUAGUACAGUGUCAUUAUGAUUUUACAGGGCAUAAGCAUGAUUUCUCCUUAAUUAUUUGUUUUACUGUUAACAUUUUUGUCUUUACAAU